CGUGUCUAUAGAAAUAAUAACCAAAUACAAAUAAUAAUAAAUUGUAUUUUUAUUUUAUUUUUUUUUUUAAUUUCCAAUCAAAUCAAAUAUUUUCUUUAAAUUAGAUUUUCAAUUUUGUGUCAAACCAAAAGAAAUUUAAUUUUAGAAAAUUAAUUUUAAAAAAAAAAAAAAAAAUUAUUAUUUAUAUAAAUAAAAAAUGAAAACAUCAACCAAAUUCAUUCUUGUAUUUGUUUUAUUAGCUGCUGUUGCAGUCUUUGUUUCAGAAGCUACUGCUAAAGUUAAUACCCAAACUACUCAAACUGCUCAAGUUAAAUGUUCAGGUUUACAAUGCACUACUCAAAAAUUAAUUGCUGCUGUUAGCAAAUUUACAUUAAAACAAGUUUUAAUUGGUGUUGUCGUUGUUUUAGCUACUAUUGCUUUACAACAACAAUAUACUAUUAAUCAAAAAAAAGGUAGUAUCCCAGGCCCAAGUUUUGUUCCACCAUUCUUUGGUAUGCUUUUCCAAUUGAUUUUCACUCCAUUCUCAUUUUAUGAAAAACAAGAAAAAUAUGGAGCAGUUUCAUGGACUUCAAUUUUAAAUAAAUUUGUUCUUUUCGUUACUGAUGCCGAGAUCAAUCGUCAAGUUUUCAAAGAAGAAAAUGCCAAAUUAUUCCUUUCACUUGGUGCUAAAAAGAUUUUAACUGAAAAAGCUAUUCCAUUCAUUGAAGGUGCUGCCCACAAACAAUUACGUAAACAAUUAUUACCAUUAUUCACUAUUCGUGCUCUUUCAUCAUAUCUCCCAAUUCAAGAAAAAAUCGCCACUGAACACAUCAAUCAAUGGAUCAAAGAAGGCAAAGAUAUCAAUGCCCGUAAUGUAUGUCGUGAUCUCAAUAUGGCCGUUUCAACUGGUGUCUUUGUAGGUAAUAACACUCCAGUCGAAAUUCGUGAAGAAAUUGCUAAAAACUUUUUCUUAAUGAAUGAAGGUUUCCUCUGUCUCCCAAUCGAUUUACCAGGUACCACUCUCCGUAAAGCCAUUAAUGCUCGUGUCCGUUUAGUUGAACUUUUCACUAUUAUCAUUGAAAACUCACGUAAAAGAAUGUCAGCUGGUGAAGAAUGCCAAUCACUUAUUGAUUUAUGGGUCGAACAUUUCCUUAACUGCCCAGAAGAAGAACGUGACGAACUUUCAAACGAUACUAUUAUUUUCACUCUUUUAAGUUUCAUGUUUGCCUCACAAGAUGCUCUUACUUCAUCAUUAGUUUGGACUAUCCACUUAAUGGCCAACCACCCAGAUGUUCUCGCCAGAGUUAGAGCCGAACAAAAAGCUCUUCGUAAGACUGAUGAACCAUUAAACUUAGAUACCAUGAGACAAGCCAACUACACUCGUAUGGUCGUCAAUGAAAUCCUCCGUUUCCGUCCACCAGCUGUUAUGGUUCCACAUGAAAAUAUUGAAGAUAUCGUCAUUGGUGACAAUGUAUUUGUUCCAAAAGGUACUAUGAUCCUUCCAUCCAUCUGGUCAUCUCACUUCCAAGAAGGUGGUUUCAAGAACCCACAAAAUUUCGACCCAGAACGUUUCAACGCUGAACGUAAAGAAGAAAUUACCUGUGCUAAAAAUUAUUUAGUUUUCGGUGCUGGUCCACAUUUCUGUAUUGGUAAAGAAUUAGCUAAAAAUCAAAUCGAAGUCUUUUUAACCAAAUUAGCCAUGUCUGCUGAAUGGGAACACAACAAAACUCCAGGUGGUGAUGAAAUCAUUUUUGGUCCAACUAUCUUCCCAAAAGAUGGUUGCAAUGCCAGCAUCAGAGGUAAAGAUUACUUCAAAUGUUAAAUUACAUAAUUAUAGAAACACAACACAUUCUAUUUAAUUUAGAAAGUUAUUUAGAAAUCUAAAAUAUUUAAUUUUCUAAAAAAUAAAAAAUAAAAAAUAAAUAUAAAAAAAAAUAAAAAAAAAAUUAAAUUUUUUUUAAAAACUAC